AGGCCCGCCCCUAUCUUCAACCCGGAACUUAGUCUAGCCUUUAGUAUUCCCAAAUGUGAACAACCUUGUAACUUCUGCUUUCAUCGCGUUUCUAUUUUUGAAUUCUAAGACAAGAAAAUAAAGCAGCAAGAGCAACAAGUUGUCUAUAUCAAUUUUUUGUCAUAGAAAAACCAACAUUACAUAAACAUAAAGAGUCAGGAGGUUGCAACCUCUAUUUCUAUUCUUCUGCAAGAAACCUUAACGUUAGCCAAUAACCAACGCAGCGGAGGCGGACUACAACGACUACAAGUAGUUCGUACCAACUACCAAACUGAGUGUACAUAUAUUAAGAGGGAUAAACAACAACAUCAGCAACAGGUUUUGCGGUAGCUUUAGCUACAUUUAAUGUAUCCGGGUAAAUAGAAAUACCUUCUUUCUUUCAUAAUCAAACUCGCAGCGUAAUUCAUGAUAAUCCAGAAUCACAGUCAUAUACUCGUCUUUAUUUCGCAUAGGCAUCAGGUCCCUGCUCUACUCUAUUUUCAUAGUAGUCCAUCUCUAGUACUUCGUCCCUAGCUAGGUCUUUGAAGUCUUGAUUAUGAUUAGAUUGGCACGCCGACGCCGUCGAGGUCGGCGCGGCCUUGAUUGAAUUGCAGUGUCAGUGAAUUGGGACCUUCACAACUUGACCGAUUUGUUCAUGGAUGUCAUGAUUGUAUUAAAUUCGUCGAAUUAUUCGGAAUAUGUCUCUUUCUUAAUAGUUUUGAUUUGAUGAUCAUAGAUCAUGUUAACGUCAAGAUCGCAGAUCGAAAGUGUUUCGUCUGUGCUUAAGCCUGCCGACCACGUUCUUGGUCACGGCAUCACGUAAUCGUAACCCGUGAAAACUGACACUAGGAGCAAAUGUCGAUCAAGGACCCGAAGUUGGAGCUCAAGAUCGCGGAGAAGCGGCGAUUAGCGGAGGAAGGUGAAAAAUGGGUGGUAGAGCCACGAAAACUGACAUCGGCGGACGCUCGCAUGGGCGAGCGUGGGGGAGAAAACCCGCAGAGCCUGCUUGAAUUCGAGAAUGCGCCUCGUGCGUCGAUUUCGGAUUUCCACGCCGCCGAUCCUGCCACUGGCACAGCCGUUGACGCGAACGCGCGUCUCGACGUGCAUGGCACAGCAGGGAGAUUCGAACGGACCUCCGAAGCAGAUCAGUCAUCCAAUGGAGGUCGCGAGUCUUCUGGUCGGAGAGCACGCGGCCUGAAGAAUGCGUCAAGUAAAGGCACAUCGACUAGCAAUGAUGUGGGAACAUCGGAAUCUUCUUCACCAAAUAACUCACCCGGAGGUGGUGACACUGAUAUGUCACCUCAUGCAGACGUGAGUCUUGAGUCGCCAUCGCCGACAACUGCUGCUUUCUCUGAUUCACGAGCCCGGGAAGAAACUACCGGCCACCCCACGGCAUCAACGAAAGCAGGAGCCGAUGUUCCACAGGAGGAGCAGCGGCAAGUAGAUGUGCAUUUAAUACGUACACCAAAAGCCAAAUAUCAAAGAGAAGAUCGUGGCUCAUCUACUUCUACGAAAGCACCCGUUCCGGUAGAGAACGCGACGUCAUCGUUGCUUCCGACCGAGCGGGAAAGGCUAUUGCACCGGAUCGUUCAGCUAGAGGACUGCAGUCGAGGCCUAGCGCGCCGCCUUGCGCAAACGUCGGAGGAACUAUGCCUGUGCAAGGCCACGCUGGACAAGCACAAUCUGAGUACCGUGACGGGAGAACUGCGUCCCCGACGAGCAGAUGAUAGUGGAGCGGCGAAUGCACUUGCGACGAUUAUGAUGUGGAUGAGUUGUGUUAUUCUGAUUUCUAGUCUUCAUCUUCAACCUUGAGAUGAUGUUCAAAUAACGACGAACGAAGAACGAAAACAUUUCUGCAUCACCAGGCUUGAAGCAGCAGCUUCAGCUUUUUCUCAUGAGUUUCGAGGAGUCUCUCUCUCAUCUGGUCAUUUUACCUUUUUCUAAUCUUCUGUGGGGUGACCUGUCUCGUUCGCUCGCCAGUGCUUUCGGUUUGACAGAGGUAACCACAAGUCCACGCAUGCAGCGCCAGCGACGUGCGCAGCAGCCGAACUUUAAGGCCGAGCCUCAAGCCGAGAGACUUGAAAAGCAGCACCAGCAACAGAGCAACCAGGAACGCGGAGUCUCAAGAAGUUCUGGCCAUGGUACAUCAACGUCUAGUACAAGUGGUUCCAGCAACAAAAGAGCACUAGGUUCUACAGCAGCUGCACGUGUCGAAGGGCUUGGCACACUCUUUGCUGGUCUUUUUGGACAAGGACCCUAUGCGUCUACGAGCACUAGCAGUCGUUGCGAAGCUGCGAAUUCCUCUGACAAGCAGGAAGUAAAAGCGGCACCGGGAGAGAACCCAAACAAUCAUGCUAGUAAGGGAGAGCGACAGACUGGCAGUGGCACCUUAUCGCAGCAACAAGUAGAUGACGACUCUGCGGCUGAUACGACAACAGCAUUGCUAGAGUUUGUCGAUGCGGAGGCAACGCUUAUGAACAAUGACUUUAAAAUGUGCAAAUCAAUAUUCAGUGAACUUUGAUUUUGAAAAGCUUCAAACUCAAUUAGAGAACUGCUGUAGUUCUUUAAUUGAGUUUGAAGCUUUUCAAAGUUGGUCGUUUUAGUUAUUCACCUGCUAGUAUAAUACAUAGGUUCUACAUAAAAAACGUUGAGAAAAUUGCGUCAACUACAUGAUUUUCGCUUCAUUCUCUGUUACGCCAUGCUAGAGGAGGAGCGCAAUCGCUGGGUAAGCACCACCAACGAUACACUCCUGCAGUUGAACUCGUUGCAGCAGCUACUGGAGUUAUGGAUAUAGGGAAUUCAUCUCCAAAGUCAUCUGGAAGAAACUGACAAGAGGAAAAAGGGAGCCAGAAGAUGAUCCCUGAUAUGAAUUCCCGCUUCCUCUAGUGGAGGUAAAGCAACUCGAGUGUGAUCGUCUGAAAGCUGAUAAAAAUGAAUUGGUAGAAAAGUCAAAAACAACUCUCCGCGACGAGAUGCGUAAGUACCAGCAGCGAAUUCGUCGCGCUUUCACAAGCAGUCUUGCAGCCGGAGGACGACCACAGCGUGUUGUUGUUACCUCUACCGCUUCGAGUAACAACAUGGACGUUAACACCUUUGUCGCAGGGGGAGGCUUGUCGAUUGGGCAAGAAGGAGUACUAGAUCUAGGCGGUGGCGCGACUUGUUCUGCGCUUGGAGCUAUGAAUGAACAUCGUGAUACGUCGCAGAUUGGCUCUGCCGUGAUAACCCGUUAUGACGAUCACGAGGUAACGCGAUUUUCAGAAGAAGAAGGGCAAGCAGGAUUUGAGUCAGCGCCAAACUCUAACUCUGUGACUCAGGAAGCGGAAAGUAUGAUUGAAACGGGCUUCGGCUUUUUUCCAUCGGCACGCUUGGAGUCCGACCAGAGCGGCAAAAUGAUUGGCAUCGGCAACGUCAUGCUCAGCAAUGGGAUAUUAAAGCUUGGGGCAAGUGGCGGGUCUCGACCUCCAACCUCGCAAACAGAAGCCGGGCUGGACGCUUCUCCUGGACUUGCACCGAGCACAGUGCAGCAGUCAAAGUUACAGAAAGAGCAGCAGUCUUCACUUGCCCUUGGAGGCUUGCACGAUGUGGGUUCAACCGAGCAGCUUCAGGAUUUGGUUCUAUCGAGUGUGAUGCACGAAAUCGACGAAAUAGACAAAGAGGAAGCUGCCACCAUAGAGGAGAUAUUUGAGCAGACCGAUUGGGCUCGGUUACUCGCGUGUGAGCCUCUUUUGCCUGAGGAUUACGACUAUCUGCAGAAAACGAGAAGCCAAACUCGGCGCAACUCGCAGCAGCAGGAAAACUCCGAAGGAUUCUUUGCCGCUCCUCGAGGCGAGGCUGCAAGUGCAAUGGAAGGAGACGCUAGCAGAGUCGCUAGCACUGGACGCACGAGCCCCGCUGCCACCAGUCCUCGAGCAUCUUCGUCACCAGUUGCCGCAUCUGGCAGCAGCUAUCCAAAUACGACAUCCCCCCGAACAACCACUGUCACUUUACUGGACGACAAACGACUGUUAGAAGUCGUAGAUCUAAGUCCCCAAGCCCGUCAAUCCGCCUCAGGAGCAUCUUCUAGUAUAAUGGGCAAUAAAUUUGACGAAGAGGCCGACUCAAGUGGCGCACAGUUCGAACUCGUGUCUUCUUCAGGUGACCAGGGCGAUGUUGGAGGUCGGUCGAGUAUACAGGCACGCAAGCCAUCAACGGUGGAGCAUUUCAGUAUGGUGGACGACGACGGAGAUGACCAUGACGAAUGAGCCUCGUGGAAGACGGUUGUGGCUGUGGGGGAAAAACGUCAAGAAGAUUUCACUAUUGAUGUGAUGUCAGCACUUUUGAUGAUGAACUUGGAGUGACUGUGACACUGGGAUGAGCAGACGAGCCAUUGCUGUCCAUCGUGUAAAAAAAACCCUUGUUAAAAAAGACAAACAUAGCAUUAGCAUGCUUCUCUU